AGAUCUCUGGUAAGUGUAACAUGUGAGCAUUACUAGGCAUUUCAUCCUGCGGGUCUGCAGUCUUCUUUGCUCUUCAGACUGUUGCUCCGUUGGAAUGCUUCUGUGGGACCGAUACUGAGGUUCUGUAGAUAUUUUUUAAGGACCUCACUCAUUUGGGGAUGUCAGUGGUGUUUUUGCAAGAUCAUCUGAGGAACAGGAAAGCAUUUGAAAUCUGAAAAGGAUAACUGUAGCGGUUUUCACAGUGGAAGGAAACUAUAUUGGCAAAGAGGCAGAUGAUUGAAUAAAGUAGUUGGCUCAAAGAAGAUGCACAGUCUGCUGUUGUUUCCUCUGAAUGAAGACUGUUUAAUGGAAGCUGUAUUCAUGUGGAGAUCAAAGGAAACACUGGAAUGAUAAACUACUAUGUUUUUUUUCUCCCUCUUUUUUUUUUUUUUUUUUUUUUUUUGAAGAAAACAAAAAGCCUGCAGCAGUAAUUUGAGCUCAAAUGCCUUCUAAUUCCUUCGCAGCCUGCUUGUUCUAUUAGGAUUCUCCACUAACACCAUUUCUGCCUGGUGCCUGUGCCCUUUUGCUGGAGCAGCCACAGACAACUGCCUGAUGGAGAAAGAAUGAAUGCUCUGCCUUGCUUAUGCUAUCGAUGGGAAUAAAGCUAACUGUGUUUCUUCUAUUAUAUGGAAAAUCUGGAUUAAUCAAGCUGUAGUCUAGUACCAAGAGUCGUAUUGUCUCUUGUGGUCUGACUCAUCACAUGUAAAUGUACUGCAGCUUUGCUAUUAAUGCAGAGUGGUUUUGUUUUUUCUUUUUUUCGCCCCUUUCCCAAACACUGAAAGAAUUGUUAACCUCUGAGCUUCAUUUUCAGGAUUUGUGCUGAGCUCUAGAUCUUUUUUUCUGUGACUAGUAUCUGCAUUAAACCAGUGAUGAAGAAAUGAAGACAAAUUAGAAGUGGAAACAGAAUAGUGAGAUUUUAUUUUUUAUUUUCAAUUAUAAGCAAAACAGCUACUGGUAACUAUAUGACCUUGCAGGAGACAGUGGGUAUUGCUGUGAUCAUCGCUGUCAUAGCAGUUGUUUCUCAUUUCAUUCUAUAUUGUGUGGUGUUGUGUCACCAAAAACAAUGAUUGUUUUGUGGAAGUAAAUUUCAGAGAUAGAGCAAUAAGACUCUUUUGGUAGAGGAAAAAUAUUUUUCAAUGAGCUUGGACUCAGUUUUAGUUAUUGAUAUGUUGGUGUGAAAUUUCUUCUUAAGUAUUGCAGUAACCCAACAGAAAUAAUAGAAUUUUGUUAUAUUUAGGAAGUUACAAAUUAUGUAGUCAUAAUUUUAAACUUGUUUUUCCAGUAGUACUUACUAACUUAAAAAAAAAAAAAAACUAGCUGUGCUGUUCAGAGAAUGUUUGUGAGUGUUGUAUAGAAGAGGAGGAAAAACUACUUGUGCUCUUCCAACUGUGACUUUUAUCACAUAGCUUGGAAUUUAGUGUUUUAAAAGAUCGAAUGAGUCGAGUGUGUAUUGUUGUUUUGGAGGAGGUAGAAGAUGAGUCUCCUGCAUUCAUUUCUAAAUUGCCACAGGAAAAUAAAUCCCUACAUUCUCCACCUUCUGGAAAUGUAUUGGUAAGAUAUCCAUCACUGGUGCAAGCUAUAUUUAACGGAGAUCCUGAUGAAGUUCGAGCACUAAUAUUUAAGAAAGAAGAUGUUAACUUUCAGGACAAUGAAAAGCGAACCCCAUUGCACGCUGCAGCUUACCUUGGAGAUGCAGAAAUCAUUGAACUUCUUAUUUUAUCUGGAGCUAGAGUUAAUGCCAAAGACAGCAAAUGGUUGACACCUUUACACAGAGCAGUUGCAUCUUGUAGUGAGGAAGCAGUUCAGGUACUUUUGAAGCAUUCUGCAGAUGUUAAUGCUCGAGACAAAAAUUGGCAAACCCCUUUACAUAUAGCUGCUGCUAAUAAAGCUGUAAAGUGUGCUGAAGCUUUGGUACCUCUUCUGAGUAAUGUAAACGUAUCUGAUCGAGCAGGGAGGACUGCAUUACAUCAUGCAGCUUUCAGUGGACAUGGUGAGAUGGUCAAACUACUCUUGUCUAGAGGUGCCAAUAUUAAUGCUUUUGACAAGAAAGAUAGGCGUGCUAUCCAUUGGGCAGCAUAUAUGGGUCACAUUGAAGUAGUGAAAUUACUUGUGUCGCAUGGAGCUGAAGUGACAUGCAAGGAUAAAAAGUCUUACACACCUCUUCAUGCAGCAGCCUCUAGUGGAAUGAUCAGCGUAGUCAAGUACCUUCUAGAUCUUGGAGUUGAUAUGAAUGAACCAAAUGCCUAUGGAAAUACACCUCUUCAUGUAGCCUGCUAUAAUGGACAAGAUGUUGUAGUGAAUGAACUUAUAGACUGUGGUGCUAUUGUAAAUCAAAAGAAUGAAAAAGGAUUUACUCCUUUGCACUUUGCUGCUGCAUCAACACAUGGAGCAUUGUGUUUAGAGCUUCUAGUUGGCAAUGGGGCUGAUGUCAAUAUGAAGAGUAAAGAUGGGAAAACCCCACUACACAUGACUGCUCUCCACGGUAGAUUCUCCCGAUCACAAACCAUUAUCCAGAGUGGAGCUGUAAUCGACUGUGAGGAUAAGAAUGGGAAUACUCCUCUGCACAUAGCUGCACGGUAUGGCCAUGAGCUGCUGAUCAACACUCUUAUUACAAGUGGUGCUGACACGGCAAAGCGUGGCAUACAUGGAAUGUUCCCCCUCCAUUUGGCAGCCUUAAGCGGCUUUUCAGAUUGCUGCAGAAAACUUCUUUCUUCAGGAUUUGAUAUAGAUACCCCAGAUGAUUUUGGCAGGACUUGUCUACAUGCAGCUGCAGCUGGAGGGAAUUUGGAGUGCCUAAACCUGCUGCUGAAUACUGGUGCAGACUUUAAUAAAAAGGACAAAUUUGGGAGAUCUCCACUGCACUACGCUGCUGCCAACUGCAAUUACCAGUGCCUGUUUGCUCUUGUGGGAUCAGGAGCAAGUGUGAAUGACCUUGAUGAAAGAGGCUGCACACCCCUGCACUAUGCAGCUACAUCAGACACAGAUGGCAAGUGCCUGGAAUACUUAUUAAGAAACGAUGCAAAUCCAGGGAUCCGUGAUAAGCAAGGAUACAAUGCAGUUCAUUAUUCAGCUGCUUAUGGUCACCGUCUAUGUCUUCAGCUGAUUGCAAGUGAAACUCCUCUAGAUGUUUUAAUGGAAACCUCAGGAACAGACAUGCUGAGUGAUUCAGAUAAUAGAGCAACAAUAAGCCCUUUACACUUGGCUGCCUACCAUGGUCACCAUCAAGCACUGGAAGUGUUGGUACAGUCUUUGUUAGAUCUUGAUGUCAGAAAUAGUAGUGGAAGAACACCCCUAGACCUUGCAGCAUUUAAGGGCCAUGUUGAAUGUGUGGAUGUACUCAUUAAUCAGGGUGCCUCAAUCUUAGUAAAAGACUACAUUUUGAAGAGGACACCUAUACAUGCAGCAGCAACAAAUGGUCAUUCAGAAUGCUUACGGCUAUUAAUAGGAAAUGCAGAGCCACAGAAUGCAGUAGAUAUUCAAGAUGGAAAUGGACAGACGCCUCUGAUGCUGUCUGUUCUCAACGGGCACACAGACUGUGUUUACUCACUGCUGAACAAAGGAGCAAAUGUAGAUGCCAAAGAUAAGUGGGGAAGGACAGCGUUGCAUAGAGGGGCAGUUACAGGCCAUGAAGAAUGUGUAGAUGCAUUACUUCAACAUGGUGCUAAGUGCUUACUUCGGGAUAGCAGGGGCCGGACGCCUAUACAUCUGUCUGCUGCCUGUGGACACAUUGGUGUUCUCGGAGCCCUUUUGCAGUCAGCAGCAUCUAUGGAUGCAAAUCCAGCCAUAACAGACAAUCAUGGAUAUACGGCACUUCACUGGGCUUGCUACAAUGGUCACGAGACAUGUGUAGAACUGCUUUUAGAACAGGAAGUUUUCCAGAAAACGGAAGGAAAUGCUUUUAGUCCAUUGCAUUGUGCUGUGAUAAAUGACAACGAAGGUGCUGCUGAGAUGUUAAUUGAUACAUUAGGUGCCAGCAUUGUGAACGCCACAGAUUCAAAAGGAAGAACUCCUCUCCAUGCAGCUGCCUUCACAGACCAUGUAGAGUGUUUACAGCUGCUGCUGAGCCAUAAUGCUCAAGUCAAUUCUCUGGACUCUACAGGGAAAACACCUCUUAUGAUGGCUGCAGAAAAUGGACAAACAAAUACAGUUGAGAUGCUGGUUAGCAGUGCUAGUGCAGAACUGACUUUACAAGAUAACAGUAAAAAUACUGCCCUCCAUUUGGCUUGUAGCAAGGGUCAUGAAACUAGUGCCUUGUUAAUACUGGAAAAGAUAACAGAUAGAAACCUCAUCAAUGCAACCAACGCAGCCUUGCAAACACCUCUGCAUGUUGCUGCCCGAAAUGGGCUAACAAUGGUGGUUCAGGAACUUUUGGGAAAAGGAGCAAGUGUGCUUGCAGUAGAUGAAAAUGGCUAUACCCCAGCUUUGGCCUGUGCUCCCAAUAAGGAUGUGGCUGAUUGCCUGGCUCUCAUUUUGGCCACCAUGAUGCCUGUCUCAUCAAGUAGUCCUUUAUCAUCCUUGACAUUCAAUGCCAUUAACCGUUAUACCAACACCUCAAAAACAGUCAGCUUUGAAGCUUUGCCCAUCAUGAGGAAUGAACCUAGCUCCUAUUGCAGUUUCAAUAACAUUGGCGGGGAACAGGAGUACUUAUACACUGACGUGGAUGAGCUCAACGACUCUGAUUCUGAGACCUACUGAGAGGCUGAGGAGGAGGGAGUUCUCACAGUAAAGCUUCAAACUGUGCUUUUUCAGGAAAAAGGCACUUUGAUAUUCACGUAGAAAUUCAACCUAAGAGGAAAGAUCGCACAGUGAGCCAAUGUUAAGAGAUGUGAUGACAUUAGGAGGAAGAGUUUUAAAGGCAAGUUUUACAAAAGGAACUUCUAGAAUCUUGAAAUAGACUUGACUGAGGAAAACACGUUGAUGUCAGAGUUCUUUGUGGAAUUGUUUAAUUUGGUUUUGCAGUGCCAGGAAUAAUUGGGGACACUGUGCACUCUAACCUGCUUACAUAAGCAACACUAUCGUAACAGAAGAAAUAAAGACACUAGAUUUAAAUUUUAUCAAUAAAAUUACAACUAAAUUUAAAGGCAAUAAAAGUUUGGUACAGUAGGCAUUAUGUGCACAGCAAAUUGCAAAAGGACCAAAUAACUGAAAGGUUUUUUUAAUAAAAUGCCAUUUUGUGGAAACUGGAGUAGAUGAAAUGAAACAUUACCUAAACCAAACUGCAAUAUUUCUGGAAAUGAAACUGAGAUUUGGUUUUAAAUGUUGAGUUUUUUUUUUUUUUCUUUUUAAGAAAAUAUCUGAAAGCCUUCCAAUGCUGUAUUAAACCAUGAGAGAAAGCAGAUGUAUUUUUACAUUUUUUUCUUUUACAUAAAUAUUUCAAAUUUCCAAUUUUUAUACUAUUAGAAUUAAAAACCAGCUGACUGGGUGCAAUACGGGUGAAAAUACUUGUGACAUAGACAUUGAGGUAUUGGGGUCAGGCUGUUGCCCUGUUUUGAAUGGUUUGGGUUUAAAAUAGUACUAUUUUUGUUUAAAAAUGUAAAGAAUUUCCUAGAAAAAAAAAUUAGUGAAAUCAAAAAGUAGAUUAUUUCACCCUAUUGCAGCUAAGUGGUUCUGGGGCAUGGAGUCUUCAACCUCUCUACUUUGAAUGGCACACCUUAGUCACUUAGGUUACUUUUGUGUCCCCACCAUGGGUUGGGGGAUUUUUUAUGUUUAUUCUGAUCUAUGAGUUUUGAAAAAGUGAAUAAUCAAAAGGAAAAUAAUUCCUUGUUGUUCAUAAAUUAAACAUCACUAAGUCCCUUGGAAGGCAUUUCUGUAUUGGGCAAGAUUUAAAAUACUAAAGCCUUAGGUCCUAUUCAUAUUUAAAGUAGCAUGUUUGUAACCUGUUACUAUUUGGAGAGAGAAGCAGUUGCCUGCCAAAUUGAAGACUACCUUUCAAAUAGCAAGAGAGGGAGAGAAGGCUGAUAUUUCAGCUUUAAAUAAAUAUUUGUGUGGUUCUGCUUUUACUGUAACUGUCACUUUCCCAGUGAAAAUGAUUUCAUAAACAUUAAGGGUCUUACAGGUAUGGGUAAAGUUCUAUAAAUUGCAACAAAAUGAUACCCAAUUUCAUUUUAUCCUUUUUGUAUUGUGAAACUGGAAACUUUAUGACAUUGUAAAUUAUCAGCUGGUUUUUCUGAAUAUAAAGUGUGAAAACACAGAACAGUAUUUUGAUCUAUUUGAUAAUUUUGUGGGUUUUUUGAAGAAUUAAUGAGCAUGUACAUAGAAAUAGUGACUGCUUGAAUACUGUAUUUACUUGCACUCUUUCAGUACAUCAAGAUUCCUGUAUAUUUUAGAGUAUAAUAAAACACAGAUGUGAGUUGUAUUUAAUGAAUAAUGUAUUUGUAUCUGUGCAUAUUAUCUACAAAUCUAUAAAGUUUCUAGGGCAUUGACUACUAGAUUUUAAGCAUUUUUUCUAAAAUAUUUACAGAAAUUAUAAAUCUAAUCCCCCAUCUUUUCUUUAUAAUAUAAAGAAGUCAUAAUGAACCCUUCCUAAUUAUUAGUAAUAGGAAGGUGAAUAUGCAUUUUAAUGGCAGUGGACUACAUUUUCUAUUGUACCUUUUGAAAAAAAAAAGAAAAAAGAAAAUUCAAGCAGAUUCUAAAAGUAUACAUAUGUGUGCUUUCUCUUUCCUUUUAGGAAUUCUCUUCUGAAUUCCCUGAGGGAAUUUUCUAGAAUCUCAGAAUUGAAAGAGACCUGAGGUUCAUCCACUCUCUAACCUCUUAACAAAUGCAGGAGUCCCUUCUACAAGGGUGAUCUUUCCACCUUGAACACUUCCAAGUGACUCUACCUCACCAAGCAGUCCAUUCAGUUGUUGAGCAGCUCUAACUGUUAGAAAGGUCUUCCUUAGAUGGAGUUGAAGCCUCCCUCCCGGUAACUUCUGUCUUUGGGCCCGGGUCUGUCCUCCAAGAGAACCCUGAGAAUGUUGGAAGGAUGAAUCUCGCACAUUCUGCCAUGUCUUCUCUUUUACAGGCUGUUUGACUUCUCUGCUGAAGUGAUUUCCAGAAGGACUCAUUUGACACACUAUUAGAUUUACCACAUCUAAUGAAAUCCAAGGUGUGGCUAUAAAGUGACAAGCUGUUUUUAAUUUAUCACAUAUACCAGAACUUCUAUCAUGCAUCACUUAUAUGUAAAUGAUGCUGUUACCAAAACCAUUAAGGUAGUUCUUGCGAAUGCCACCCCACUAAGAAAACUAUUUCAUUACUUUUGUAAUCCAUUUGUGAGAGUCUGCCCUCCAGCUUAACCACUUCCUUUGGUCUGCACCCAAUGAAGGGAAACCCCAAAGUACUGUCUCAAAUUUUAUUUGAACUACACCAGUAUUGUUGGAAUAAGUACAUGAACUACUUGAAUGAAUGAACACAGUGCCGUAGAGAUUUCCUUUAUGGUUACACCUUGUAUAUCUAAAGCAUUCAGGCCCUGUUCUGUAGUGUUUCUUAUCCUCACACAGAGUAGAAAAGCCUGUUUACUUUAUUUAACUUAUGCAUAAAAGAUGACACCUGAAAUAUCUGAUGUGUAUUAUAAUACCAGCUUCUGCUCUAGAACUACUUUGGGUGAAAUGGUGGUAAUAGCAAAUGACCUCCUUUAACAAGACACUCGUCUCAAACAGUGCCAUUUAGUUCAGGAGAUCUUGAAGUGUAGCUGUAAAUUUUGGGGUUAAUUUGGCUUAUAUUGGACCUUUUAAAAGAAAUAAAGUUUUUUAAUGCAAUAAA